AUGGCCAAGGUUCGCACUCAAGAUCUCCAGAACAAGUCGAAGGCGGACCUUCUGAACCAAGUGGCUGAGCUGCGCAAGGAGCUGCUUCAGCUCCGAGUUCAGAAGGUGGCCGGUGGUGCCUCGAGUAAGCUCGCUCGCAUCCACACCGUCCGCAAGAACAUUGCGCGUGUUCUUACUGUUAUCAACCUCAAGCAGCGUGCGAACAUGCGUGAGUUCUACAAGGGCAAGAAGUUCCAGCCGCUUGACCUCCGUCCAAAGAAGACCCGCGCUCUUCGCAGGAAGAUGACGAAGUACGAGGUCUCGCAAAGGACCGAGCGCAAGCAUAAGAAGGAUGUUCACUUCGGUGUCCGUCGUUACGUUCUCAAGGCGUAA